AUGGAAACAGAGAAGACUCAGACAACAACGGAGCAGAUACCUGACAGGGACCUGUCUGAACAAAUCAAAAAGGUCACCAAGGAGAGUCAUGUCAGAGCAGAAAACACUAAAAUGAUGCUGAGCUUUCAGCGGGGACAAGUCACUCUUCCACAAUAUAAGCUCCUUCUGUGUUCCCUGUAUGAGAUCUACGAGGCCUUGGAGGAAGCUCUGGACAGGAACUCCAACCAUCCUGCUGUUGCUCCCAUUUACUUCCCCGCUGAACUGGCCAGGCUGAAGUCCAUCGAGAAGGACUUGGAGUACUUCUAUGGCCAGGACUGGAGACAAAAUAUUGUUGUUCCUGCUGCCACUGAAAGAUACUGCCACAGACUCAGACAGAUUGGCAAAGAAAACCCAGAGUUUUUACUUGCCCACGCUUACACCCGAUACCUCGGCGACCUCUCUGGAGGCCAGGUCCUUGGUCGAAUCGCCCAGAAGUCCAUGGGGCUGAAAAGCGGCGAGGGUCUGAAAUUCUUCACCUUCCCCGGAGUUUCCAGUCCCAACCUUUUCAAGCAGCUCUACCGCAGCCGGAUGAACAGCGUGGAACUGACAGAGGAGGAGAUGAAUGGCGUGCUGGAGGAGGCUGUCAGGGCCUUCGAGUUGAACAUCCAGGUGUUUGAGGACUUACAGAAGAUGCUGAGCGUUCCUGUAAAUGCACAGCGGGAUUCUUCACUAAACUCCAAAUCACUUCAAGGUGGAGCACUCCAAAUCCCAGGAAGCAUUUCUCCUCUGCUCAGGAUGGCUCUGGGAGUCUUUGUUGCCGUGGUUACCAUCACCAUGGGAAUCUACGCACUGUAGAAACUAACUGA